CUCGGCUCGGCUCGAUCGUCUGUGUUUUCGUAUCUCACCGUAUCUCAGCCACACGCAGAGUACCUCGGACAUCGCGCUCCUCUUGUAGUACAAUCAUAGUACCUGGUCGUGGUCCUCGCUUCGUCAAGGGGACGAGGCUGGUCUUCGAAGUUCCGAAGGGAGAAGGCAGGCUUGAGUAGUCGGUUGUUGAAGUGCGGUUUCAGUGAGAGAGGAGCAACGCAGAGCGGGAGCGGAAUCAUCGUCGUGCGCGGAACUCGCCGUGUCCCAGACGAGCGAGACGGCCGGUCUCUUGGCAGCCGCAAUGGAACUGCAGGAGAUGUUUCGUUACGGAUACAUGUUCCCGCCGCGGGAGGACGAGCUCGCGGGCUGCGUGUACCUGGACCUGCCGAAUUACACGAAGGAUAAGGCCGGCCUGCCGCCCGUCAGUACCCUCGCCGUGCCGCAAUGCCUCGUCUACGACAGCAACUGCAGCGACGGCUGGCACACCCCGAGCCCCUCCGCCAGUUUGCGCUCCGUCAGCCCAGCCACGACGUUGUCGAUCUCUUCAGAACCGGAGACGAUCAACGCGCCUCCGGCGACGUAUCGUCUGCUGGGCUCAGUCAAGGACAAGAGGAGCGUGAACAAGAGGAACGUCUCGGCGACGCCUGGCCUCGGCAGCAAGCCUCGGAUGCGCGUCGACACGAUGGACCUGGCCGAGGAGAUCAUCAACUUGGAUGGCGAGCGCGACGCCGCGGAUAUCGGCGCGGACGCCGACGGAGACGCCGACAAGACGCAGUCCUGUCGCGGCAGCGUCAUCAGCAGCGGCCUGUCCGACCGGACGAUGGACGGCGACAGCGAGGAGGACACGGAGAUCAGCGACGGGGCGGACCAUCCGGAGGCCGGCGACGGGCCGCACGCCGCCGUCGCCGACGCGCGCGACACCCGCAGGAGAGGCAAGUACGUCAAUUCCACCAUCGUCAGGAAGCGCCGGCUAGCCGCCAACGCCAGGGAGAGGAGGCGGAUGCAGAACCUGAACAAGGCGUUCGACAGACUGCGCACUUAUCUGCCUUCCCUGGGAAAUGACAGACAGUUAUCGAAAUAUGAGACGCUGCAGAUGGCUCAGUCCUACAUAACCGCGCUUUACGACCUGCUGCAGUGAGCACGAAGGCGACGAGUGCGCAAGCUCGCUCUCUGAAAGUCGGUAAGCUCGCGAGGCUUCAAACACACAAAACGUAUUAUCAGGGCCGAUUUUUCGAUCAGUAGUUUAAACUUCGAUUUUUUAAUUUAAAUUUGACUAAACUCUCUGCGUAAAUACCUCAUUGUUAGAAUCGAGUUCAAACUUGGAGCUGUAAUCUUAUAAUUUAAUAAUCUAAAUUUGAACUGCUAUUGUGAAAAUUCGGUUUUUAUGCAGUUCAACAGUCUGAGUCCGAGUUUCGAACUACUAUUAAAAAUUGACUGUUGUAAAGUUUGAACUCGAAUCUAAGUUUGAAUUAUUAUUGAGAAAUCAAUCAUUAUAGACAACGUAACUUGAAUCUAAGUUUGAACUACUGAUUGAAAAAUUGGAGUUCUCAGAGUUUGAAAUUAAAUCUAAGGUUAAACUACUAUCAAGAAAAAUCGGUUUUUGAUGUUAUACAAACAACUCCAAUAAUACCUUCUUCUUCUGGCUGAAGUAUUUUCACUUUGAGACAUCAUAUCUACAUAUUUUUGUAUCAUGAUUUGAUCAGUUGGUGGAAGUUGAUUCUAAACUACUACUGUAAAGUCGACCUUUAUCAUAUAAUGUGGCCGAGUUGCCGCGACUCUCCUCAAAAUUAAUAGCACAAAAUAUGUGUACACGAGAUUGAAGGUAUUUAGUAGAGUUCCCUCUGUGCGAAGAGAUAUCGCGGCGAUAACCGAAGAUAAACAAGUCGCGGAAAUUGACUUGGCACUGUCAACGGGAACGAGAGAUGCUCGAUCGUCAAAGCUCGCAGAGUGAGUUCUCACGUUUCAGAGAAAUGCCUGAAUAAUAUUUAUAUUUAUUCGAAUGUAUACGCCGCAGUUGUAAGAUAUCGUAGCGUCUGAAGAUGUGCCUUUUGCAACAAAUAAGUACAAUUCGUACCUGUAGCCGGUAAACUCGACAAAACAUUCAUUCUGUAAUCGUUUAAGUCGAUAAGAAGCAGCGAAGAGUGCUUCUUAAUCUGCCGUGUCGACCAAUCUCUUUUUGAUGUAAUUUUUUCUAGGUUGCAUUCCAAAAGGUCACUUUUUGAAGAAAGGUAAACUUUUUGAGGAAGAUUUUUGCUCAAUACCUUAGAGUUCACAUUACACAUACUAUAGAGUUUUGAGUAAAAUUUUCCUCAAAAAGAUCGUUUUGGAAUGCAAUCCCAAUAUCGUAUUGGUACUCUUUACGCAUACAAUAUGGUUUACUGCUGGUCGCAAUGGAAUUCACGACGUAAACUUGACCAGUGAUGUUCUCACUGCCAUCAGAUUUCAUUGAUUAUACAUAGAAAUACGCUUUUAAUACAUGCAGAAACUCUGCUAUUGUAGAUAUCGCGAGAUGUAAUGACUGCGGAUUACUGCGAUCUCGUAUAGAGUAUUAGCAAUAUACGUGUAAAUAGAUCUUGUACAUAAGCGUUCUAUAAUCUUACGUCUUUGUUACAUCGUGUAAGACUGUAAAUUUUGUAACAUAGCAUUUGCCGAGUUGGUUAGUCUAAGCACUGUAUCAUAUCUCUCGCGCUGAACUCUGUGUGUAUACUAUAAUUUAUUUUUAAUACGACGAAAUCGUAGCAGCGUAUACUGCGAGACUGAAGCGCGAUGUAUAUUUUACGAAAUAAAAUUAUUUUAUCAUAAUUGCGA